AACGUUUUUGAAUGUGAUAUGCACGACUGUGUAUCGUUACAUAUAUCUUGUUGUUGUUUCUGGGCAUUGGACGUAACCGCUUUCCGACCAGCACACCUUCAAGCGCCUGUUCAUAGCAAUCCUUGCCAACAACGUGUCAGCGUUCCGUCCGUACUUCGUUCCUCCUUUCUCUUUAAAUAGUGCCGUUCGAAUCUCUGCCGCUUCAAAACUCUGAUUCCUCGUUGGGUAUUUUCGGGAAUUCGAAUUUGGUUGUCAUGCACAAACUGCAUUGGUGUUCUAUUAGAUAAACAUCUUCGAGUGCAAGGCAAGAUGGAGGAUCCCCAAGUGCAACGAGUUCUGGGCACUAUCUAUUCAGCAACUCACUUCACACCCAUGGAGCACAGAUUGUUGUCAUCAUUCGUAAAACAUUCUGUCGAUCCAAAAUCUACUGCUGCCUAUCUGCUCAAAAGAACAUCUUCGAGAUCGGGAACGGAAGACGCUGUUGAACUGGAGCUGCGAUGCGUCUUAGAAGACUGGAAGACUCUAGUUGAGAUGGUUAGAUGCCCAACUUCCCCGUCUUUUAGCCUUUCUUGGUAUAUCACGAAACGAGACAGAGGUAUGUGUUGUCUGACACGCAAGUCACGAUUGUGGUGGGAUGUUUUUGGCUGGAGUCGAACGCAAGUCGUUAGCAUCAUCCCAGAGAAGUUUCUUUUGGUGGUGCUCGACUAUGCACAAUAUGCCCAUCUGCGAGAAUUACUAUUGGUCUUCCUCACUGAGGACCAAUUUCAGCUUCUUAGAUCGACGUUCGCACGGGAAAGUCCAUGCAGGAACCAUUGGACUUUGGCGCCAGAUGCCGCUGCAGCAUUCAGAGAGGGGUUGUUGUACUUGGCACCAUCGUGGGACAUUCAACGGCAGCCGAGCGAGGACUUGAAGCGAAAUUGUUUGUAUAUCUUAUAUAAUACUAUGCCUAUUGCGACAUCUUUGCCAACUUCAAGCGAUGGCCAAGUCUUACGAUCUGGAAGCUGGGUCGAGAUGGAAACCAUUGACGAAGGCUCUUUCCCACUGCCCAGUGCUUGCUUCUUUGGCAUACACCAGCGCUUCUGCAACUCUCUUCGGGCAUUACAAAUUGAUCGAGAACUAUCGCGUAGGUGGCAGCCUCUAGGGGUCACUCGGUGGCUCUCCGUGACGCUUGGAGCCUGUUCAUCUCGAGUCUUUCCAUUGAUUAGACGACUGUGGAGUUAUUUCCCGCGCCGAGGUCGCAUCUGGGUGUACAGAUCACUCAUCGAUGCGGGCGUCAGACUAUAUGGAAAAGCGAACCCGUGGACCCAGCAAGUACCAUUCGGGCUCUACAUCAAACAUGGAAAAGGGAAGCUCAUCCCUAGAGGUGAAGGGCCGGCGCUUCGUCUUGUCGAGAAAUCUACCGACAUACCAGCGCCUAGACUUGUCGAAACACUCGUUGAUGGCGAUUAUACAUACUUGGUCAUGACUCGGCUCCCCGGAAAGCCGCUUAUGCAAGCUAUCUACACAAUGUCGUACCCGGAGCGCAAGCGCCUUGCAAAAGAUCUCUCACAAUGUAUUGCUCAAUUAGGCAACAUCCCCAACAUGAACAAGGCUUCAAUUUGUGGUGCAGAUGGAGGACCUGUCUUCGAUUAUCGGCUGAAUGGGCGCUUGGCCGGGCCUUUUGAGUCCGAGGCUGAGUUCAACAACUUCAUCAUAACUCAAGACCGCCUGCGAAGCCCAACACACGAUUGUCAUCACAGGAUCUGUUUCACGCAUGCAGACCUCAAUCCGAACAAUAUCCUGGUUGAAUCUGGACGCCUUUCUGGUAUUGUUGAUUUCGGAUGCGCGGGGUAUUUCCCAGAGUACUGGGAACACAUUCGGAGAAUUCCCUCCCUUUAUGAACGAGAACUUCCUACGUUCAAGAGCAGAUGUCCAGCAUUUGCAGGGACAUUUGUCAUUGACCAAUACAAGCUGUACCCCGAGAAUGCCGAUUUUGACUUCAAGAAGUGCGUGCUGUAUCUUGGGUGCAUCUGGAACGGAAUCUACGACCCCUACAAAAACAUAAUGAUCGACGUUCUAGAAUUUCCGGGCAUCUCUCACAACCCAGAAUGCCAUAUCGGCGGCGUAGGCGUCGACCAAGCCUCUGGGCUUCUCUCCAUCGUCGUUGACGCCGGCGAAGCCUUCACCUCGAGUGGAGCCAACAUCCCAGGCACGAACUGGAUCAUACAAUGGGAUCCCGUAACGAAAGAAGUGCUCUACCAACUCAACAUAACCAAAACCGUGGAUGGCAAGUAUGGUGGGUAUCAAGAUGUUGAACAGGACCCCGAGGGUAAUGUGUACGUGGUUGGUACUUAUCCCAGCAGCAUCUUGAAAGUACACACGGAUGGCAAAACUGUGACGCCGUGGUAUCUUUCACCGCCACCAGUCGUCUCGACUGAUACUGGCUACUGUGGUCUGGCGGCCAAAGGAUGGCUACUCCUUGCAAAUGACGGUGGGGCUGGGAAUAUCGUCAGGUUUGAUAUGCGUGAAGAGAAGGGGGUUCCUGUUGUUGUUCCACUCCAGCCGAACACAACUCUCAUAGGAACUGACGCUAUUUACUUCCCACCAAGAUAUGAAGGCACGGUGGCGUUGGUUGCACAAGAUUUGACCGGAAUUGCUGUCUUGAGGUCAAGGGACGGAGAAUGGCAUUGGGCAGAAUUUUUGGGAAUCGUACCGAAUGAGUUGAAUGGAACUUUUGCAGUUGCUCCUGUUCAAGUGGGUGAAGGGCUAUAUAUUGUUGCAUUGGCUUAUGUUGAUGUUAAUACGCCAGGAAGUACGUCUGGGAAUCGAACAUUGUUUCCGUUUGUGGAUAUUACGGAGCAGGUGGAUAAGUUCUUGCUAAGUUGACGCUGGUACAUCAACCUGGGAGCCAAAAGGCUAGCAUGUACUUACAGAACAAAAAUAACACCUUUAUUUCGUC